AUGGCGGAAUUUACAGCCCAAGGAGUGAAGGAAAUCUUCCAACUUGAGAAGCAGGAGGGUCGAGAGCUCCUUAGAAGACUCACAAAAUGGAAACGGCUUCGAGAAAUGAAAGAGUCCCGGAAGAACAUCUCUGACAUCCUCUAUGACGGUAUUGUGUUUGCAGUAGAGAAAGUUCCCUGGCCAGCAGUGGUAGAAGUUGCCAGAUUCACAGAAGAGCUGUUAGAGGAACCAAAAGAUUGCUCCAUUAGCCAGGCCUUGAAGAUACUUGGGAACAAGCUCAAAGAAUAUGAAACAAAAUUUAAUCCUUGCAAUCUGAUGGCCAUCUGCGACUAUUUUCACAACACCUUCAUCCGGCAUUUAAAACUCUACCAGUAUGUCCUCUGUAAAGACCAGGAUGUGUAUCAGACUGAGGAAUCUUUAGACCUCUGCCCUCCACCGCUACCCCUUCCGUUGUCUGAGGGUGUUGACAAAGAGGUCUGGAAUUAUCAGCAGAAGGUGGCUGAGCUCACGGCUGCUGAGGUGCAAAAACGGACCAAUAUGUUGCUUCUGAGGGAGACCUUACACUUGGAAAGGGAGCAUACAAUGCAGAAGAUCUUUGAGGGAGUCACCCUGAAAGAAAUGGAGGUCCUAGACCGAGAGGUAUUGGAAGAUAUCAUCCGCAAAGCCAUUCGCACACAGAUUGAGUCCUUGAAGGAGCUAUUGGAGAAUGAGAUAAAGACGACUUAUGCAAUAUUAGACCUAAAACUGCAAAAGAAGACUUUGAAAGCCCCUCUUCCCUACCCUCCAGAGCCAGGCCAGUCAAGCCAAGCGGAACUGAAAAAGGAAAAAACCAAGAAAGCCAAAGAAAAGAAGAAAAAGUAG